AUGUUCGCUCGUCGUCUGCGUACCUCCGGAAGUCUGGCUGCCGCGUCACUGGCACGCUGGCAGUCAACUAAGGUGACAGGUGAUGUGAUCGGCAUUGACCUUGGCACCACGUACAGCUGCGUCGCCGUCAUGGAGGGUGACAGACCGCGUGUGCUGGAGAACGCCGAGGGUUUCCGUACAACACCGUCUGUGGUGGCGUUCAAGGGCCAGGAGAAACUGGUCGGUCUUGCUGCAAAGCGCCAGGCCAUCACAAACCCUCAGUCAACCUUCUUUGCAGUGAAGCGACUGAUUGGCCGACGCUUCGACGACCCCCAUAUCCAGCAUGACAUCAAGAACGUGCCCUACAAGAUUGUGCGCAGCUCCAACGGUGACGCGUGGGUGCAGGAUGCCAACGGCAAGCAGUACUCACCUUCUCAGGUGGGUGCGUUUGUGCUGGAGAAGAUGAAGGAGACAUCAGAGAACUUCCUUGGCCGCAAGGUCUCCAAUGCUGUGGUGACGUGCCCUGCAUACUUCAAUGACGCGCAGAGGCAAGCAACAAAAGAUGCCGGUACAAUCGCCGGUCUUAACGUGAUCCGCGUCGUGAACGAGCCAACAGCCGCUGCACUGGCCUACGGUCUGGACAAGACCAAGGACAGCAUGAUUGCGGUGUACGACCUUGGUGGUGGUACGUUCGAUAUCUCCGUGCUUGAGAUUGCCGGUGGUGUGUUCGAGGUGAAGGCCACAAACGGUGACACACACCUUGGUGGUGAGGACUUUGACCUGUGCCUCUCUGACUACAUCCUGACGGAGUUCAAGAAGUCAACGGGUAUCGAUCUGAGCAACGAGCGCAUGGCCCUGCAGCGUAUCCGCGAGGCUGCCGAGAAGGCGAAGUGCGAGUUGUCGACGACAAUGGAGACAGAGGUUAACCUGCCUUUCAUCACAGCGAACCAGGACGGUGCUCAGCACGUGCAGAUGACGGUGAGCCGCAGCAAGUUUGAGGCACUGGCUGACAAGCUUGUGCAGCGGUCGUUGGCUCCGUGCAAGCAGUGCAUCAAGGAUGCUGGUGUGGACCUGAAGGAGAUCUCCGAGGUGGUGCUUGUCGGUGGUAUGACACGUAUGCCGAAGGUGAUUGAGGCCGUCAAGCAGUUCUUUGGUCGUGAACCAUUCCGUGGUGUGAACCCUGAUGAGGCGGUGGCACUCGGUGCGGCGACACUAGGCGGUGUGCUGCGCGGUGACGUGAAGGGCCUCGUGCUGCUCGAUGUGACGCCACUGUCACUCGGUAUUGAGACGCUUGGUGGCGUCUUCACACGCAUGAUCCCGAAGAACACGACGAUCCCAACCAAGAAGAGCCAGACCUUCUCCACAGCCGCAGACAACCAGACACAGGUGGGCAUCAAGGUGUUCCAGGGCGAGCGCGAGAUGGCGGCAGACAACCAGAUGAUGGGCCAGUUCGACCUAGUUGGCAUCCCACCAGCUCCACGUGGUGUGCCACAGAUCGAGGUGACCUUCGACAUCGAUGCCAACGGUAUUUGCCACGUCACGGCGAAGGACAAGGCAACUGGCAAAACACAGAACAUCACAAUCACAGCAAACGGUGGUCUGAGCAAGGAGGACAUUGAGCGUAUGAUCCGCGAUUCGGAGACACACGCAGAGGCAGACCGUCUCAAGCGCGAGCUGGUGGAGGUGCGCAACAACGCCGAGACCCAGGUGACCACAGCUGAGCGCCAGCUGACAGAGUGGAAGUAUGUGAGCGACGCCGAGAAGGAGAAUGUGCGCACGCUUCUCGCAGAGCUCCGCAAGGCGAUGGAGAACCCUAACGUGGCAAAGGACGAGCUCUCUGCGGCAACAGAUAAGCUUCAGAAGGCAGUCAUGGAAUGCGGCCGUACCGAGUACCAGCAGGCGGCGGCAGCAAACAGCAACAACAACAGCAGCAAUCAGGGUGAACAGCAGCAGCAACAGGAUCAGCAGCAACAACAACAACAACAACAACAACAGGACUCUGAUAAGAAGCAGUAA